CUGGAGCCAGCCCGUAGAUGGAUACUGGGUAUCUCUCCUUGUCUCAGACUUCACUUCAUUCCAAUUACUUCACUUCACUUCCCUUCUCUUUUCUAACUUCACUCCACUUUACUUCAACCACUUUUCUUUUCUUCUCUUCUCUUCUCUUCUCUGACUUCACUCCACUUGUACCCCAACCCGUCCGAUUUGACCUCAAUUUAGUGCUUACCUAAUUACUUACUUACCUACCUACCUACCUAGGUACACAACAAUACUUGAAUUUUUAUUUCAUUUGCUUCCACAGAGAAGCAUCCGGACAGUUCUCAAGCACCCGAGACUGUAUUUGGGCUUCAUGCUUGGUACAUCAAAAACUUACUCUGAGGGAUGUCCAAAACUCUGUUUCGUUUGACGGGCCAGACAUGGUGGAUGUUGAUGAGUGAUAAAGUUGAAUAAGUACCUACUGACGAUAAGAAGUCCCAACGUGUUUGAAUUCACUUCCAACAUUCACCCGGUUGAUAUUGAGAAGCUUGGAAAGAUUCAAUAUCUGUGAGCAUUCAAUCCUGGGUAGUACCUACCAACUGAUGACUAGCACCGCACUUUUACUCCGCAUCGUACCAGGCAACCGGACCAUUUCGAAAUCGUCGACCAAUGACAAUUGACUUCCCAGAUUCGAACCACUGUACACACCAAAACCAAGGCAACUAAUCAAAAACACCUAUACAAGGCUGCAGGUCGACAACCUUUAUACAGCUCUUUCCCUUGUUACCUCCAGCUUCAGAACUUCUUCGAUUCUUCAAAGAUCUUACGAAAAAGAGACUAACAAUAUCUUUUGACUACAGUACAAGAAGUUGAAUAUCAUUCCCUUCACCUUUUGAGAAUCGGAUCAAGACUUUGAUCUACAAACCCCCAACUCCAUCAACUUGAUAUCAAUCAUCUCAAAGUGGAUUCCACGUCGAAGCAUAUUUACAGUAUCAAAAUCUGACCAACAACUUCAUUUUUACAGCAAGCUCCCGUCAUCUUUUGAAGUUACAGUGUCAGAGAUAUAUCCAAUAAUUGCGCUGCACGAUGACUCGCAAACACUUCCUAGCGGAUGUUAAAGAAGCGUCUGAGAAAGGCAUCCCUAAUGUUAUCUCAAUUAGUCGGGGAGAUGACGAUGGUGAUGUAAACUUUUGCUUCUUGCAUGAUUCUACAGAACCCAUAGAAAUUGGUCUCUUAGCACUAGAUGUUUCCGAGUACCCAAGUGGGAAUAAUUUUAUGAUUUUUACCAAGUCCGAAGGGGCUCCAAAGGCUGUCAACGAGACACUGGAACGACUCAUGACCUCCUCAACUGGCGUACGUUUACCAGAAUUGAUCAGCAGUAUUUCAAAAAAGCUACACAUAUUACUUUCGGCAGGUUCGCGAAGAUCUCCUAUCAGUCUCGACGAAGAGGACGAAGAUGAUGAGAUGGAAGAUGCGGAAGAAGACGAAAGCGAAGACGACUCCGGCUUUUCUGACGAAGAGGAAGAAGACUUUCCAGACGAGCCCAUAACCUUUUCUAGCGGUAAUACUGUCUCGGUAUCGACUAGUAGACUCACACUAAAAGCUGCUGCACAACUGAACCGACGCAUUCGAGCAGACAUGCGUACUGUCCGAUUGCUGGGUCAUCGGAUCGGAAUUCUGAGCGGCAUGAAGGCUGAAUCCCAAAGUAGUAUCCUCAGCAUCUCCAUUCAGGCGACUAAGCUGGGUCUAUCGGAAGAGGCUAUGCAGGCUUGGGAUAUUGAGCCUCACCAAUAUUUGACCUUACUCAUACGCUACUCGGAUGGGUACAAAACGUACGAGGCACUGAUUGCCGAACCAGCCAAAAAUAGUGGGAUCGAUUUUCGUGUUGGAGUCUGUAAUGGUUACAAGCCAUCUGCAGUUGCAGCAUUCUCAGCGUUUUCGGACUCAAACAAGGUCGACGACAAAGCUUUCAACAGCGAUGGCUCGGAUUCACAGGACCGCAGCGGAGGAUUUUUCAAUAUAUUCAUCAGUAGCUCCUUGAAUGAGUUCAUCAAUAAGAAGAUGAUAUCAAUGCUCAAGAUCCGCAACGCAACUGGUCUUGGAUGGGAGAACGCAAAGAAGUUCUUGGAUCAACGCCAAGGACGACCACUUGAAGAAAAUGCAGAUUUGUAUGCUGACAAUGACUACUCGGACAAGGAUACAAUCAAAAGUCACACAUCGCAGAUUCUAGCCAACGAUCAUCUUACCGAUAAUGAGAGUGGCAGCUUGUCAUUUCCGCUUAUUGCUGCACAAUUUGCGUUGAUGUAUCUAGUCCGCUGCACGGAAUUUUGUCUCGUCUGCCAUGAUAAGAUUACAGGAGGAUUUGAGGCGUUGAAACCUUAUGUUUGCGAAAAGCCAUUAUGUUUAUAUCAAUAUAUGUCCUUAGGUUUUGGACCUAGUGUCGAACAUGAGAUUAAAACUCAGCCCUAUGUUGUGGACCUUCUCCUGAACUUUUGUUAUACUAGUGCUUUCUACGCUCGGAUCCGUGAGUAUCCCACAGGCAUGAGUCUUUCUGUUCCCUCGACCAUCAUCGCCCAAACGGGGGCGUUGCCAAUCCCAUCCUUCGCCCCGGCCCCAGCUGUUGUAGAAAAACCAAGCGAUGAUCGUCGAGACAAAGAAUUCAAAAUUAAGUAUAAUAGCGAAGCUUGUGAGUUUACGUUCGAGGAAAUGUCUGAGAUCUUAAACCCUCCUAUUCGCAAAGGAGAUUGGGUCCGCAUUUUGCUUGGGCCCGGACCAGAUACCGUAGCUCAAGCACUUCAUUCUAGAGUAGAGGAUGUAACCUCGAUGCCGAUUGUAAAACUUUCGCAACCAAUCCCGCAGAAGGCUCAAUCAAGUGCAACACCAACAGACAACACCACCAACAUAAUUGCGGCUCGGAUAUCUAUUUACAAUCGCAACUUCGACGAGAUGUCUGUCUCAGAAAAAUGCAGUGUUAUAACAAUGCUUCUUGACACUUUACCAACCAUCCAGGAGUUGAGAGAAUAUAUCGAUCGACAGAGCCGAACUGAAGAACCGAACCUUCGUAAAUGGACAGAGCGUAUAUCCCCAGCCGCUCUAGGUUUACUACGAUGGGUUAUAGCCUCUAAUCGCUCAUGCCUUGUUCAAGUCGAUAAUUGCCCUGGUCAAAUUGAUAGUGUUUUGGCUGAUGCAAAAAUUAGACCAGAUCAAAAGGUCUCUCAAAUUGGGGAAAAUUGGAUGCAGUUUCGUUUCGCACAAGGAUCGCCAGACAAGGAAGAGCGUUUCUUAAAUGCUCUCAAAGAACAGCAGGCCAGUUUGGAUCCAAAGUAUCCUACUAUCUUUGCUUUUCAUGGCAGUGGGCUGCAAAACUGGCAUAGUAUCAUUCGACAUGGAUUAGAUUUCAAAGAAACUCUCAACGGGCGAGCAUUCGGACAUGGCGUUUACCAUGCGCAAGAUCAAACUAUAUCUUGUCAAUAUAGUAGUGGUCGAAAUUGGCCAGGUUCCUGGCCUGGAACUCAACUCAAGAUUACGUCUGUGAUGAGCAUUAACGAGAUUAUCAAUUGUCCAAAACAGUUUGUUAGCUCGAAUCCAUAUUUAGUAGUACAGCACAUCGAUUGGAUUCAAUGCAGAUAUUUGCUCGUUCAAGUUGAAGGGCAGGUAAUUGCAACUCCAGCCUCGACUAGGGAGAUUCAGGCCGAAAUCGAGCAAGAUCCCAAAUAUACGGCAACAUCCACCAACAAGAAACCUAUCGGUGUUCCAUACUGCGCUGCCUCAGUCUCUAGAGCAUUUCGUAAUGAUGGCAUCGGCAGUUCUUUCACAUACAAGAAACUGAAAGGACUAUCUUCCUUGAAUGGGACUGGAUAUGUGAGCGAAGCAGAGGACAUUGAGGAUAUUAACUUUCUGAUUUCUGAUAAUGAAGAUGAAGUGGGAAUAUUAUCUUCCAGUUCCAAGAAUCUAGAGGCUUCAAAAACUGAUUUUGUUCCUGGAUCACUUGAUCAAAGUAAACUUCCAAUGCUGGGGCCUCCAGCUUAUGCUACCCCGUCUGCAACUAUGCGUCUCAACAGAGAGUUAAAAGCAAUCCUUAAGGUACAAAACUCUACACCGCUUCACGAAUUAGGAUGGUAUAUCGAUGAAAAUCUUGUUGAUAAUAUAUACCAAUGGAUCAUCGAGCUACACUCCUUUGAGCCCACUUUACCACUGGCCAAGGAUCUCAAAGAAUCGGGCCAAAACAGCGUUGUUAUUGAAAUUCGCUUUGGGAAAGAAUAUCCUCACAGCCCACCAUUUGUACGAGUUGUCAAGCCACGAUUCUUACCCUUUAUGUCUGGUGGAGGCGGUCACGUAACAGCCGGUGGAGCAUUAUGUAUGGAGCUUCUGACAAACUCUGGCUGGAGUGCCGUCUCCUCGAUUGAGUCUGUUCUCUUACAAGUUCGUCUUGCACUUAUGAGUAUGGAUCCAAAGCCUGCACGCUUAGAAAGCAAAAAUCCACAGACUCAAGGUGAGUAUGGAACUCAAGAAGCUAUGUCAGCUUUUAUCAGAGCGUGUAACAUGCAUGGAUGGGAGAUCCCGAAGGAUUUUCAGGACUUUGCUGCACCUGGUCCUAGUCAAUUUUAAAUUUGGGAAGCGCCAUUCGGGAACACCAUAGCAUUCAAUAAUUGAAAGAAGGGAGAUAGGAGUGACAGAGAAGAGGGGAAAAGGGGAAGGAUUUAAGAUUUGCUUUUGCUUCUUUGUUGGUCUGGUUUUAAUUUCUAUUGGGCGGGCUGGCUGGCGUCAUGAAAACUCAAGAUGGGAUAUUAUGAUAAGAUGACUGGACCUGGGACCUGGCGGAUAGAUACCCAAACAAAUAGAAAGGAAUGCUACAGGGAAAAAUAGGCGUCAAAUUGUGCAAUGGGACGGUAUGGAAAUGGAUGGAUCUUUAGGGCUGGGCAGGAAUCUGACUAUUACCUUUGUGUAAGAUUUCUUUUACGGAAAUCUACAUGAUAGUAAGCCAAUUAAUUAGAUGAGAAGAUAGGCAGAUACAUGAGUUUUUCUCUUUAUAAGAUUUGUUAUGUUUUG